UCAAAAGCGAUAAAUGGUGCCUUCUUCAACAUAUUGCAGAGGUGAACGUGCCGACAAUUCACGUGUGCGCAUGUGUGUGUUGGGGCAGGUAAAAUUUUACAAAAAAAAAAUCUGUCUAAUUAAAGAGCAACGCUGCAAGUUUCUCGUACCCAGAGAGGCUUUAAAUAGAUGCCUCUACUGGGACUAUCCGUCAGUGUUGAUUUUUGCCUAACCUAGCACACACAUCGCUGCAUGCCCCGUCUCAGCUCACUACUAUAGUUAUUGUUUUUGAGUUGUUUGAUCAUUCGCUUCUGUGUUACGCUGAGAUGGCACCGGACUCGCUGCAGCUCCAAUCGCGCAAAAGAAGACCGAUUAAAGAUGCAAAUGACAACCUCACUGAGGAAAUCGAAGAGGACGAGCUGUUUUCCGAGAAAAUAGACAAUAAUCCUGAAAAUGCGGGGGUGGUGCAAGAAAAAAAUCUGCUCAAUGGACAAUUUGGUUUUAAUGCUUUUGUCAAGUUAUUGAUUUGUGCUGUAGCGGGGAUUUUGGAUGGCCUAGCAAUGGAAAAGGGAAGAGUUUUCGAGCCUCUGGUUAUCAGGCAUCAAUUCGAAUUUCGUUCCUUCGUGAUGAUGAAGAUGUUUUUGUCCGCUGUAUCGUCGGGUCUGCUCUGCAUGGCGUUGAUGUCCAUCCUUCCUUUUACAACUCAGAGGUUUCAAUUGGCUCGAAACAGCUUCAUUGAGCGGUUCCAGCUCAAAGGCUACCUAUCGGCUGCUCUUGGCGGUGCCAUGCUAGGGUCUGGGAUGAUGCUAGCAGGAGCGAGGUUCGAUGGUGUAAUCAAUCGAAGGUACUUCACCCUAGCUAUCCCUUUCGGAUUGGCACUCAUACCUAUCAUUGGCAUCCUUGACUUUGCGAUACCGUGGAGGUCAGAGUUGGCAUUUACGUCAGAGAACGGGAAUAUAUUCAACUCCAGAGCAUGGGCACCUUAUUAUGCAGGAGCAUUAAUCGGUUUGUUGCAAGUUCCAAUGGUUUUAUUUGUUAACGAAAAUCUGGGAGGCAGCAGUAGCUAUUGUACAAUGACGGCCUGUACGAUCUCUGAAGAUAUGCUCAAGAAAUUGUCACCAUAUUUAUAUAAAAUGAGAACAGGCUUCAAAAAUUGGGGAAUGGUAAGCACACUUCGUAUCUCCAUACAAUCCCAUGUACCAUGUGGGCACGGACUCUCUGGAAUGGGAAAUCUUCUCAUGCUGUCGUUUGCAGCUAUUCCCGCCAUGUUUGUAGGAGGUUCUUUAACUGCUAUAUAUAUGCAUAUUACGAACAUGAUUUAGAGAGAAAUACGCGUGUAAACCUUCCGAGCUCAGUAAGAAUGUAUAAUGAAGGAAAGAACUAUUAGCAGAAACAUACAAUUUUGAUACAGAAGAAAUAUUAUGUUAUUUAAAAAGUGGUGCAAUUGUGGUAAUUGGGUUAUAAUUACCCUAUAUAUUUUUAAUAAUUUUGAGAUUGUAAUUGGUGAGUAGGAAUUUUGAUCUGAUAAUUAUAAUUCAAUAAAAUGUAAAAUAAUUUACAUUAAUUUAGCACAAAAGUUUUGAAAAUUAGAAUCUUCCAAUCCGCUGCUGUAGAAAUAUUGUAUAUAACAUUAUUUAAAAAACGGUACCAAUUAUAUAUUUCAGAUAAUAACAAUCUUAUCUAAGAAAACAGCGGUUAUACAAAACGCAUGUUGUAGCUAAGAGUCACAUGAAAAAUGUACAGUGAUUCGGUAUCAUUUCUCAAUUUGUUAGACUAUUUUAAGUACACAGAGAAUACAAUAAUCCAGGAAUAAUGGACCUUUCCACUAAGCUUCCGCCCCAUGGAUAUUGUUGGUAAGGUUCCACAAAAAGAUACCAUAAACGUACGUAUAAACUCUUGCGUUUGUGGGACAUACGUGUGCUUAUGCGAUAAGCGCGUAUCCUAGUGAUGUUCUGAUUAGCCAGUUGUUAAGCUUGAUUGAAGCUCUCGAAAGGUCCAUUAUGUGGUUUAGUACUACAACACGUAUUUGUAGAGUAACCAGUGUUAAAUAAAUAAUAUACUGUAUUUUUUAUAAAUAAUAUUCAUAGGCCUUGAAUGUUUUGAAAAAGUAAACUUUACAGAGGGCGCCCUUUUAAAUAGUAGCUUCAGUGGGGCUAUGGAUAGUCUGUACUCUGAGUUAUUAUAACCUUAUGCCUUACUACAGUAGUAGUAACUGUUGAUCAUUAUGAUCAUCGUUCAUUCUUUUAUGCUUUUAAAAUGUGUGAAGUGUCAAAAUGUCAGGUGGAUUUAGAAAUCCACAGUGAUCAAUCGGUAUUACUUUUUACCAAGGUUCUACUAAAAGGUUAUACAAAAUUUACAUCAUUUGUUUUUGAUUCGCCGCGCGUUAAUGACGUAAUGUCGCGCAGCUUUAACGUUAAUGUAAGUUGAAUUUCCCAGGGCACAUUAUACGCAUUUGAAAUAUUGUAAUGUUGACAAAUAUUGAAUGACGCCACAGUAAACUAUGUAAAGACUUCUGUUGGGCUUUUUAACCUACACUAACGUAAGCUAUAAUGACAGUCGCUAAAAAUAAUCGUCGUUAGAAGAUGUAUUUUAUAUUAAAAUUCCAUGAGAAUAAAUUAUGCAAAUAGUUUAAAACCCUUGCACAUAAACUGGAAGCAUUAUUUUUAUAUAGCGCAUGGUGUCGAAAAAACGACCCAAAGCGCUAAAAACAUUUCGUAAAUUUCUAAUUUAAUCACCUAGCUAAAUUUGAACUUGCAAUAUUUAUACACUGGUUUUUGUUUUUUGGGUCAAAAUCUCUAAUAAAACAGAAUUUACAGGGAGAAACCAUUUAAACAUUGACGUCUGAGCAGAAAGGCACGGUGUAUCUAAUGCUUCUUCCACACUUCAUGUGUGGCUAUGUGAUUGCCCUCUAUUACGGACAUGAUGAUGUGUAAUAUCACACUGACAUUAUUUAUAAUAUUAGGUGUACAUGAAAUGAGUUUCGUUAGUGAAAUGUCAUGUGGAAGGAGAUCUAUGUUUUCUGAAUCUAGAUGACGUUUUUAAUGUCUACUAGAAUCAGCAGUCAUUUUCUUAAAACCAAGAAUCCAACAUAAUCGGCGGUGAUGACUGUUAACCCGGCAUUAUAUUCGUGGGUUAUUAUUUUUUUUAAUUGAAAUAUAGCAACAACUACUGAUUAUUUUCGGACAGCCUUUUGAUUAAUGUUUAAGCGACUGCCUCAUGACCUAUCUUUGUUGUGCUGUAAUUAUUAGUUGGCUCAUUUUUAAUUGGAAUUUUUUUCUGAGCAUGUUAAAAAAAUAUUUAAUCAUGUAGUGCGUGGCGUCAUUUUUCGAUGUAACAUGUUGCAAUCGAUUUGAAAAAAAAGUUAUCAAAACAAAUUAGGAGCGGAAAUAUAUUAACGGGUGCAAAUCAUAUUAAAAUACUUUCUGUACUGAUAAAUUGAUAUAUUGAUUGAUUGAAUUUUAAUUAAUAAGUGCGAUAAUCUGCAAAAGAAAUAUUUCGCUCUUGAAUAACAAAGAGGGCGCUGUACCAUUUGAACAGUUAGUACCCAGAGAUGCAAUUUGUUGUGGGAUUUCAAUUACAUAGUAGGACUCAUUCUGGUCACAUUUUCUGAUUGAAAUUUCCUGUUUGUUUAAUAAUGUACGGAUUGAUGUGGUUAGAAAACGAAAAUACUCAGAUAUAACAUUCCCAAAUUAUUUUGGUAUUGAUAAAAAUGAAAAUAUAAUGAGGUAGUACAGUAGUAUACGGGUAUAUUAUAUAAUAAUCAAGGAUAUUCAAUAAAUGUGAAAUGUCUAUA